AUGAAUGAUCACUACAUUUACCGACACCGCGGCGGUGUUGACCGCCGUGAACGGCAUCUGAGCGGUGAUGCCCGCCGUGAAGUGUACGACAUCGGGGCGGUGGUGCACGUCGUGAACGGCAUCGGAGCGGUGAUGCCCGCCGUGAACGGCAUCGGAGCGGUGAUGCCCGCCAUGAACGGCAUCGGAGCGGUGAUGCCCGCCGUGAACGGCAUCGGAGCGGUGAUGCCCGCCGUGAACGGCACCGGAGCGGUGAUACACGUCGUGAACGGCAUCGGAGCGGUGAUGCUCGCCGUGAACGGCAUCGGAGCGGUGAUGCCCGCCGUGAACGGCACCGAAGAGGUGGUGCCCGCGAUGGACGACACCGGAGGUGCAGUGGACGACAUCGGGGCGGUGAUGCCCGCCGUGGACGGCAUCGGAGCGGUGAUGCCCGCCGUGAAGUAAACUCUCACGACAGGAAUAGAUGCUGAAUCAGUGGGUCAUGGGAAUGUAAGCAACGUCACCACGAGUUUGCACACACUGAGUGUUGGAUUUCGUCGACAUCUAGAGCAGGUGGGCCAUGAGAAAAUCGCGACGGUCGCUGCCACCGAUAAGAGGAUUGCACAAAGCUGGACGUUUUCUGAAACACUGGAGAAGGUAAUCCACCAUUCCAAGAAGGAGGUUCAUCAUACACCAGUUCAGCUAUUUGGCAUUCGAAUAAUCUGCAUUCAUUUGUCAAUCGCCCUCUACGAUAGCGUUGACGAGUUUUUCGACGAGCAAUCGCUGAUGAGUUAUUACAGUCAUAUCCUUUGA